AUGGCUGUCCAAAUUCCUCGAUCAAUCUUCAACAACAAGCUCAACACCGAACUGGUCACCUACGCCUCUGGUCUCCCACCGGAGACGCUUGAAUUGGUCAAGCAGUCUGUCACCGUCAUCUUUAUACUCCCCAAGGAGAUGCAAGGUAUGGCCGUGCAUGCGUACGUCAAGGCUUUCGACUAUGUCUUUCUCCUCGAUAUCCUUGUAUGUAUACUCGCUACCGUUGCUGGCGCGUUUGUCCGUAAUUGGGAUCUCAAGACGCGUGGAGAUGGUAUGGCUGCCGGGGCGGCCUAG